UGCUUAUCAAUGGCUUUGAAUAUUCAAUAAGUUUCUGGAAGUUACUUUUUUCUUCUACUUUGACCGCCAAGAAAUCCAUGCCUAUCAAAUCAAAUCAAAAUCGAAUCGAAGUUCUCAAUCGCUCCCGUCGGCCAUGGCGGCCAUGUUCCACUCCUCGGACUUCCUCCUCCCUUCUUCUACUCCGGCCGACAACCGCCGUUCUUCAACCUACGCCCUUGUCCUGCUCAACCAACGCCUCCCCAGAUUCACUCCCCUGCUCUGGAAGCACGCACAACUUCGUCUCUGUGCCGAUGGAGGCGCCAAUCGCGUAUAUGAUGAAUUGCCCUCGUUCUUUCCUCAUUUAGACGCCCUGGAUGUUCGAAAUAGCUACAAGCCAGAUGUUAUCAGAGGAGACAUGGAUUCAAUUCGGACAGAAGUACUGGAUUUUUAUGCUAAGAAAGGAACCAAGGUAUUUGAUGAAUCUGAAGAUCAGGAUACCACAGACCUACAUAAAUGUGUUGCAUAUAUUCUUCAGUCUAUGCCAAGUCAGGAGUCUAAUCUGUGCAUAGUUGUUGCUGGAGCUCUAGGUGGGCGGUUUGACCAUGAGAUUGGAAACAUCAAUGUUCUUUGCCGAUUCUCAACCACGCGUAUAAUCCUUCUGUCUGAUGAUUGUCUUAUUCAUCUUCUGCCAAAAACUCGUGCUCAUGAAAUCCAAGUUCACUCAUCUGUUGAGGGUCCACACUGCGGUCUUAUUCCAAUUGGAAUGCCCUCUGGAAGCACUACAACCACUGGUCUCAAAUGGGAUUUGACUGACACAGAGAUGAAGUUUGGGGGCCUAAUUAGCACUUCAAAUAUAGUUAAAGGAGAGAAAGUAACAGUGCAAUCUGACUCUGAUCUUCUAUGGACGAUCUCAUUAAAAAGCACUGGGACAGCGCACUCUAGCACGUAAAGCCAAUGGAAUCUUGGUAGUGCUCUUUCUCCAUUUAGAAUAAGAAUAGUUUUGAAGAUAUACCCCCUUGAUCUUAAGUUCCUUUUUAGUAUUUGGUUCCCAAUUUAAUUUAUUUUGCAUGUAUUUUAGUACAACAUUUAUCUCUCUCUCUCUCUCAUUUUGGAUCUCCGUGCAUUAUAUUAUAUGCCUUUUGUAUUUGGUAACAAUAUUUUUCUUGAGAGCUUAAAGCAUAUUUCGUCAGCACCCUUUUGAUUCUUAA